CAUCAUCGCUCCGUCGCGUCUCACUGACACACAUUCCCUGCUGCCAAGUAAACAUCGUUGCCGACGCCACUGAGCCCCGACGCCCCCGUCUGUCAAUACAUCCUCCCUCUGACAGUUAUUUCGCCAACAUGGCGGCGCCGCUGACGCCAAUCAAAACCGCGAACUCUUGGCGCCAACCUGACCACGACCGAGGGAAAGACGUCCAAGACAAACGAAAGACGCGCACCACAAGACUUCCAUCGUUUUUUCACGACGCCGCUAUGAAGAAGCUGUCUCCGUCAAACCUCGCGGUCUUCCUAGUCUUCAACGUUGUUCUGGUCGUCGCUGAAGACUUCGCAGAAUCGACUUUCUGGAAGUAUCCUGGGAAAGCUAAGGACACAUCGAAGAUUGAUUCUCUCGGACUGGUGCUUAGAAAACACAUUUCGAGACUUCGAAGCCUGAAGAAGACGGAACUUGUGUUUCUUGUGGACAGUUCGGCGUCUGUGGGCGCUGACGAUUUUGUGAAUGAGUUGAGAUUCGUGCGAAAGUUGUUGGCGGACUUCACGGUGUCGGUGAAUGCGACGCGUGUGGCGUUGAUUACGUUCAGUUCAAAGGGUAAACUGGUGAAAGAGGUGGACCACAUCAGUCAGCCGUCCCAGGAAAAUCACAAAUGUGCACUGCUGAAUCGGCAACUUGCCGGGAUCAGGUACACGGGCGGUGGGACAUACACGUUGGGAGCUGUGCUGCAAGCUCAGGAGAUCCUGAAAAACGCCCGCGACGACGCUGCCAAAGUAAUCUUCCUGGUGACUGAUGGCUACUCGAACGGCGGCGACCCAACGCCCGCUGCCAAGGCCCUCAAACAAAGUGGAGUCGUUAUCUACACAUUUGGAAUACGCAACGGGAAUGUACGAGAACUGCGAGACAUGGCUUCGGAUCCGUGCCACGAGCACACCUACAUUCUCAACAGUUUUGAGGAGUUUGAAGCACUCGCUAGAAGGGCUUUACACGAAGACAUGCACGUGGGAGCCUACCAGGAACUCCGCGACCAAGAAUGCCGCAGACUUUGCUCGGGGUUGUCAGACUGCUGCAAUUCACAGGGGAAAUGCAGCUGCGACGUCUUGUCCGGACACUACACCUGUCUCUGUCCCGAAGGACACUAUGGAACGGGAUUCCACGGAGGCUGUCAACCAUGCCCAGAAGGAACCUACCAAGCCGCUCCUAGUUUCGGGGAUGAGAGCAUAUGUGUGCCUUGCCCCGAUCCCCACCAGACGUCGCCUAAUGGAAGUACCAGCGAAGGACAGUGCCACUGCAGACACGGCUACGCAUUGCACAAAGGCAAAUGCAAAGUGGUCACCUGCCAGAGGCUGUCCCCGCCUGCCAAUGGGUACCUGGUCAAUCCAAGCUGCAGCAUAGUCUUCAACGCGGCUUGCGGAUUCCGUUGCAAUCCGGGGUUUAAGCUCUCUGGGAACAGCAUCCGGGUUUGCCAGCAGAACGGCACAUGGUCCGGAGAGGAUCCGGUCUGCGAAAGCAAAAAGUGCCAGGUAUUGAAGCCGCCCAAGAACGGACACAUGACUUGCACAACGGACAGGUUUGACUUCGACACCGAAUGCGACUUCGGAUGCAACGAGGGCUACAUGCUCAUCGGAUCACGGAGAAGGACAUGCCUGUCAAUUGCGCUCUGGGAUGGACUCCCGUCGAUCUGUCGGCCUGUGACCUGUCCGUCACUGGUAACACCCGAGAAUGGUUACCUUCAACCGAGGCAUUGCAGCGAAACCAAACUGUCUGUCGGCGAGACUUGUCACUACCGAUGCAAAGACGGCUUCACCUUGACCGGGAAUGGCGAAAGAGAAUGCAGCUCAACGGGGUCCUGGAGCGGAGCCAUUCCUGCGUGUGUGGACUCUGUCGCACCCACCAUCACCUGUCCCGAUGAUCUCAUUGUGGAAUCUGAACCCGGCUAUGGCGAAAACCUUGUGGACUGGAACGUUCCAGAGGCGGUCGACAACAGCGGUGUUCAAGUUCCUGUAACAGCGCACCCUGCCGUAAUACCACCAGAGCUGUUCAGCAUCGGCACGUAUCGAAUAACUUACACAGCCGUAGACACCUACGAGAACGAAGCUAGAUGCAGCUUUCAAGUCACCGUGAAAGAUAAAGAGCCACCAACAGUCGAUCGCUGCCUAUCACCGCCUGCGUUUGUCGCCGAUCGAAGUUUGACAGCUACUGUGACUUGGGAAGAGCCAGUGUUCUCCGACAACUCCGGCCGGUCCCUGAAGAUAUGGAAAUCUCGCUCUCCGGGCAAUUUUCCCAUCGGAAACACGGAUGUGGUUUACAUAGCCUUUGACGAGUCGGGCAACAAUGUUUCUUGCACCAUACGUGUUGUCGUAAGAGAACACGCCUGUGUCACACCACCUGGACCCGCUAAUGGCGAUGCCAAGUGUUCGGACACGGACGAAGGGAUGUCGUGCCUUCUGUCCUGCCAUCCAGGUUACAGCUUCGAGUCUGGAAGUCAGCUUCAGUUUACCUGCAGUUCCAACGGGACCUGGAGGCCCGACUCUGUGUUUCCUGACUGCACCGAGGUCAUACCAUCGCGGUCCUUGCUGCUGAUGGGCAACCUUUUGUAUUCUGCGGUAGGAAUCAGUUGUACAGAUACUGCAUUGCUGGCCGAAAUUGAGGAACACGUACGACGAAGGCUAGUCCUACAGACUUCCAACUGUCUUGAAGAGGUGCAUUGCAGUAUUAGGAGCCUAAUAGCUUCGUGUCAAGAGCCAGACAAUGAACCCAUAGGCGUACCAGCAGGAAGGAUCACGCGAGAUGUCAAGGUGAAAGAACAAUUUGUAGACAUCUCCUUUGAAGUCACAGGCAGCACCGGCAAUGCGUCAGUAGACCACGACAGAUUGAGGUUCGCUCUGGACCGGUUCAUGAUCAGCAUUGCAGACGCCAUUCCAGAGAAACAGCUUGACGUCACCCUUACUGAACGAAACUUAACCUUAACAGCGGAGGACGCUGCCGAGAGACAAGUGAUGUAUAUUUGCGAAGCAGGGAGUAUCGUUAGGAGAAAUCACUGCAUAAAGUGCCCAAGGGGGACGUUCCACAAUACAACGACUGGUACGUGCCAACGGUGUGAGAAAGGCACCCAUCAGCAGCAACGUGGCGCGACAGAGUGUCUGCCGUGUCCAGAGAGGACCUCUUCUGAUCCUACAAGGGGCAUCGUCACGUGUAAAGAACUCUGUGCACCGGGAUCAUAUUCAGCAGUGGGCGUGGUUCCCUGUGACACGUGUCCGAAAGGUCAUUUUCAACCGGACUACGGGCAGCCAUCGUGUAUCCCUUGUCCUGGCGGUACAAGCACGAGAACACGGGGCGCCCUGAACUACACUGCUUGCGAAGCUCUCUGUCCUGCUGGAAGGGUUUCAAAGACGGGCUUCGAACCGUGUUUACCUUGUCCAAAAGGUUUCUUCCAACCGAGGGAGGGGCAGUCGACCUGUUACAAGUGCUACAACAGCAGCGCUAUCGGUGAUGCCAUUUGUUACGAUAUUCCACCAGAUGAAGAUAAAGGAGGAGAAGUGAUAGAAGUGAACCAGUGCUUUUCAGGUCCAUGCCAGAACGGCGGGACCUGCCAGAAAACAGACUUCAGCUUUACUUGCCUGUGCCUAGCCGGGUUUUCCGGCACGUACUGUGAACGUCGUGUAGACCCAUGUCUCAGCAAUCCAUGUUACGGUCAAGCCACCUGCGAGUCUAAGGACGGAACUUACACCUGUCUCUGCCCUCAUGGGUACCAGGGUAAAAACUGCGACGAGGACGUGGACGAAUGCGAGACAGAUCUCUGCGACAACGAAGGGGAAUGUGUGAACGUCUACGGAUCCUUCCAGUGUGUCUGUAUGCCUGGCUUUGAAGGAUUACGAUGCGAGAUCGACGUGGAUGAGUGCUUCAAAUUCCCGUGCGAAAAUGGCGGAACCUGCGUCAACGUGCCAGGAAACUACCGCUGUACUUGCUCCCAUGGCUUCACUGGACGUCAAUGCGAGACCGCUCUCCCAUUUUGUGAAAGCGAACCGUGCCAGAACGGGGCGGAGUGCAUUGAGGAACCUUCGGGGUUUCUGUGCGUCUGCCAGCCUGGUUACCGAGGUUCGCUCUGUGAAGAAAAUAUCGAUGACUGUUCGCCAGAAACUUGUGCGAAUGGAGGCACGUGUGUUGACCUGGUCAGUGAUUUCGCUUGUCUUUGUCUGCCUGGCUUCUCUGGCCGUAUCUGUGAAACAGAGCUGAAUUCCGACUUCCAACUGUUUUUCUCCGGCAACAGUACAUUGGAUGCUGCCGUCAUCGAUAAGUUUCCACGUCCCUUGAGAGAAGUAACCGUUUGUAUGUGGAUCCAAUCUGAUGACAUCUUCAAAUAUGGAACUCCGUUUUCCUACGCGACGGACGCCGCCGAUAACAUGUUGACGCUUACGGACUGUAAUGGGUUCGUAAUCUAUCUGAACCAAUCAAGAGUGGUAACAGACGUUACUGCAAAUGACGGCUAUUGGCACAUCAUCUGCAUCUUGUGGACAUCUACCGAAGGUAGAUGGAGUAUUUAUAAAGAUGGCGAACUUCAAGGAGAAGGCGUAGACCUUGCAAAGGGAUUUCAGAUUCCAGCAAAUGGAACUCUGGUGCUUGGACAAGAACAAGACGGCAGAGGGUGGAGUUAUUCUCUCUCUGAAUCGUUCUCUGGAGCGCUGACACUAGUGAAUAUCUGGAAUUACACCCUGACCGCAGAAGAGGUGGCACGGCUGGCAACGGAAUGCGACACAUAUUUUGGAAAUGUGAUAGCAUGGCCCGAUUUUCUCUUCAGGGUUCCUGGACAAGUCGUUCAGAGCAAGACCGACUUUUGUCGUGGUUGCUCGAACCUAACUGCUCCAGAAAAUGGUUCGGUAACCUUUACCACAACUGCUGUAGGAGCAGUGGCCACUUACACGUGCGACGAAGGUUACGUGCUGCAGGGACCGGCAACGAGAAAAUGCUCGUCUUCUGGUGAAUGGUUGUACAGCGCUCCAAUCUGCAUCGGCGUCUCGUGCGGAGUUCCUCCCGUUCCGAAGGACGGAAGGCUGGUCGGCUCAGAUUUAAGGUUCGGGAGUCGGCUUGGUUACGUGUGCAAUGAAGGCUUCCGAUUGGUAGGUCCAGAGGAAAGGGAGUGCCAAGCGAAUGGCCAAUGGGGAGACGAUGAGCCGUACUGCGAGGAAAUCAUCUGCAAAGACCUUCCAACCGUUAAAAAUGGACGAAUCAUAUCUUCGGAACGAGAGCACAAGCCAGGUAGCCAUCUGGCUAUUCUUUGCAGUCCAGGAUAUGACUUCGAAGGGAACGUAACCUGCACCGCGUCAGGAACGUGGAACAUCUUCGACGUGGUCUGUCAGACCGUGAACUGCACCAAUCCUCCCACUAUAUUGCAUGGAACGUUGACGUCUGGCAGGAAUUCUUCUUCGCCGACGUACCGGUGUGAUCCUGGAUACCAACUCAAGACGACUGGAACUCUCGUUUGCGCGAGGAACAAUCUGUGGAACGGAAAACUACCCGUGUGUGAAGAGGUUAUCUGUGGAAGACCGCCUUCUGUUGCUCAUGGAAUCUGCAUGCCUUAUCGUGUUGGGAAAUACGGCGACGUCAUCAGGUGCGACUGUCACCUUGGCUACAACGCUACCGGGAAUCGAACGCUGAGCUGCACGAGACACGGAACGUGGGUCCCACAAGAUUUAGUCUGCACCCCAAUACGGUGCCCUCCUCUGGAAACUCCUGCUCACGGAAGCGUCACUGUCACGCUUCAAACCUAUACAGGAGUUGCUGCCUACAGUUGCGAUCCGGGUUACGAAAUAGAAGGUACAAGAUGGCGGACGUGCAGGUAUGAUGGCCUGUGGAGCGAAGCGCCGCCAUCUUGUGUGCGAGAGAAGUGUCGACAGCCGGACCCUGUAACUAACGGACGGAUCAUCGGCACAGAAUGGACUGUAGGCAGUGUCCUACAAGUCGUCUGCAACCCCGGAUACGAACUAAACGGCCCUUCUAGACGCGUCUGCGCUUUGGGAGGUCGAUGGACAGCCGUGAAUCCAUCCUGCGUCCCUAUCGAGUGCCCCGACCCGGAAUCCGUACCCCAUUCCAAGAUGACCACUUUCACAAACCACUUGGGUAGCUUAGUACAGUACACCUGUGACGAUGGAUACGUCCUUUCUGGAAGCUCUAUUCGAGUCUGCACUAGCAAUCGAGAAUGGUUUCCCGAUGCUCCUGCUUGCAACCCUGUACAGUGUGGACUUCCACCUCUGGUGCAGUACGCCAGUGUUGCAUUUGAUGGCACCACUUUUGGUAUGACAGCUCAGUACAGCUGCAAAGAUGGAUUCAACUUGAAUGACUCUGGUCAGAAGAGCUGCGCAGCGAACGGUAGAUGGAGCUCGGAGCGCGUCGAGUGCAAGAUGGUUUCGUGUCCCCAACCCAACGUGUCUGCCAACACGCAUCUCACCUACACCGACACUAGAUACGGAUCAGCGGUGGAAUAUUACUGCAAUGGCGAGUUUGUCCUCAACGGACCACAGCAGAGGUUAUGCCUCGCUAACGGGUCAUGGGCUCACAGUGCGCCGACGUGCGAGCCAAUGCCAUGUCCAGGACUGACCACACCUGACCACGGAAACAUCACAUACAUGGCUCCCGCAGCUUUAGUAUCAUGCAGCUCCGGAUACCAGCUCGUGGGAUCAGGAGUUCUUAGAUGCUACAGAGAUGGAACAUGGAGCAGUCCUUCCCCGAAGUGCAUCCCGAGGAAGUGUUCGCUGAAAAUGACUAUCCCUCAUGGAAAGCUCGUAGAAGACCCCAAAACAGGAUUUGUGAAGCUCGUCUGCGAAAUGGGCUACAAAGUGAAAGGGAAAAAACGUUGGAACUGCCUGCGAAACGGCACUUGGGUCGGACCUUCCAAGUCCGACUGCAUCGCUGUUCAGUGUCCCGCGCCAAAACCGCUGUUGCAUGGGCAAGUUCUCGGAGCGUUACACACCUUUUCCAGCGUGAUUCACUACCUCUGUGAUGCGGGAUAUCGUCUGAAAGGUGACACUAAACGGACCUGCCUCAAGAACGGAAGAUGGAGUCACAAAGCGCCGAAAUGCGAAACGGUCACGUGCCUCCUGCCGGACAUUCCAGAAUUUUCCAAAAUCCUUCCGAGAAAUACGUCGUCUGAUGUGUUCCAUCCAGGCGACAACCUAUCUGUCACUUGCGAUCAUGGGUACGAGUACGAAAACGGCAACACGACGAUCAACGUAAGAUGCGACCACAGCGAAGACUGGUUACCAAAGUUGCCAAACUGCGUGCCUGUGAAAUGCACACUGCAGGUCGUCCAACACGGAGCGGUGACACUGAGAAGGAAUUCAAGCGCUGCCUUCGACAGCCCUCAAGCGUAUUAUAAUGACAUAGCUGCCUUGAAAUGUUUGACCGGAUAUCAACCCGCUUACGGAAGCGAAGCACGAUGCCAGCAUCGUGGGAUGUGGUCCGUGGAUCUGAGUUGCGUCGUGGUUACUUGUCCCGAGCCAGAUACAUUGGAAGGUGGCAUCGCGGACUUCACGUCUCUCGUUGUGGGUUCCACGGUAAGGUACGCCUGUAUCGGCGGACUGCUCCUGGAAGGUUCCUCAACCAGGACCUGCGCGGAGGAUGGGCGGUGGACACCAGGGAUGCCGGAAUGCCAACCUAUUCGGUGUCCACCGCCCGACACCAUCCCGUCUGGACGUGUCACUUAUACGGACUUAAAAGUUGGGAGCACGGCGGAGUACUCGUGUACCUCUGGGCACUUCCUCGUCGGACAGCUGACCACAAAGUGUUCGAAGGACGGCAGAUGGGAAGGACGACGGCCGUUCUGCGAACCUGUCUGACCGACAGCACCCGCGUUCGUGAAGAUGUGGACCUGCAAGGGGAUUAGCCUCAGAGCGAGCGCUACGAUUGGCUACGUCUUUAUCGUUAGACCAAUCACGGUGCAGGCCCUAAAGGGAUGCGCAUCAUGAGAGCUAUGCAAGAUAAUAGGCGAAAGGUUCAAGAACCACGUGGAAAAAUAAAUGUACGAACAGUUACUUUACAAAAUCUCAGAAGACUGCAGGUUAUGUAAGCUAUUCCAGUAAAAUGGAAUACGUCCAUUUUGA